UCCCACGCAGAGCGUUCAAAUGAAAUGACUGCGUGGUAUUUUUUUUGCAUGUUAGUCAAAUGUAUUUACCACUGACUACAUUGCUUUCAAUUGGGCUUCCCCCUAGCCUGCCCGGUGUGAACUGGGAGGACUUGGGCUUCACGGAGGAACGGGCUCCUCCGGUUGAGAUGACGGGUUGAAGGAGAAUGUCAUCGAGUGACGCGGGAAAGUUGGGAGGAAGAAGACGAGCGAGCGAGUCUGCAGAGAGUAAACACACGGGCACGAGCACUGGGACGACGCGCAGCACCAGUGACCAACGAGAGGAGACGACUUGUGAAGGGAUUCUGCGGGAGCAGCACCUUGGUGACAAGACUGAGCCUUCAGAGUGCCAAACUGAGACGCUAUACAAAGAGCACAGACCCGGGGCAGUGAACGUGGUCCACGUGACCUCCUUCUACUGUAGACUUUCUGCUCCGCCAAGCACAACACCUGCCUCCGUGGGGGGCCUCCCUGCUACCAGAGACACCGUCCCACAACCCUACCCGCCGAGUUUCCACGAAGCCCUGAGAAAUGAACCUUAUAGCAAGAGCUUACAGGACCAUGGCAAUGCAUCCCCCGGAGCCUCAUUAGAAGAAUUUCUAGGCCUGAAACCAUCAGAGAAGACAUCAGUCCUCAUCAACAACCAAGAGAAAGCAGUCCCGGAUUAUGUUUCAUCAACAACCACUCACACCUUUUUCCGUGAGAUUCCAGAGUACGAUUACGACCGUGGGAGUUUAAACACCGUUCCACCUGUGUCCAAACUGAACAGUACUUCAGUGGACUCGGUGGAAGACAGAAAGUCAAACUGGACAGAACUCGAGACUCCAAACCAACUUGUGGGGUGUAAUAAGCCCAACAAAGCAAUGCUGUCUUCAGCCAUGGUGUCAGUUCUUGCCCCACAUUGGAGCAGACGGAACCAGCGGACUAAGAAAGGGUUAUCCUCAGAGGACUUUGAAGCACAAAAUGUGGCACAUGGUCCGAACACUGGCGCUCAAACUGUCCACAAUCGGUUUCUGGAACCCCACAGGCAUUUCCGUGGAGAGAGGGAUUUGGGAGAUGGACCUCAUGUUCAAGACCCAUUGGUUGGCCACAGGAGGAAGAUUGAUGGUUGGUCCUCGUUCAGCGGGCCCUCAAGCCUAAACCUUAACUUCACAACAAAGCGGCUCACGCCACGUACGGUUUCUGUCGACAUGGAUUCGCGUACUCUAGACAACAGAGACACAGUAGGGUGUUACACCAACCCAAAGGAGAAAACACCACUUCCGAUACCUUCCCUCUCAUUGGAUCUACGCACAAAUGAAAGGAUUUCGCCAGGGGCUCAUCAGCGUCCCCUGGCUAAACCAAGCUCGAAACCAACCACCAGCGGCUUCCUUCUUUCUCUUAGGAAAAUCGGUUCGACUUGGAAGAGCCCAUCCAUGUCAGAAACGGGAAGCCGAUCUCUGACCGGUCCAAACAGGGACCGAGCUGCAGUCUCAUCCAAUCUCAACCCUUCCUUUACCUCACCCAGUAACAACUCAACACAACGAUGGAUGCCCCGCCCCUAUUCGUCACACAUUCCUCACGGACCGAACAUUUCCCAGACAGACAGUCUGACAAGUCCGACUUUUUCGCAUCCACAGAAACCCAUCUCCACUAAUCAACCAGGCCCACCAGAAGAAUUUAGUACUUCAGACAAUAACACAGAUCCAGCCAGGCUUACCCAGUAUGAGCAAUACACUAUACUGAAGGGUCAGGAUCUCCCAAGAGGCACUACACUGAGGUCAGGAACCUGGUGGAAGCAAGUGACUCAGGAAGGUGGUGUGCAGCCUGGUUUCAAAGACACUGCCAGCAUAAUCAACAAUAACAGACAUGAGACACACACGCCCUUAGUUACACCCUGUAAUAGAAACAGUGACUUGGCCUCCUUGAGGCCAAAUGACAACAGGAGCUUAAACAGACAGAUUCCCAAUCAUGCGGAGCAUACCAAAGCUGAAGCCAUUAGUUUAGGCACACAUGCCCUUGUUUUUAAUAGACCACGAGGUCCAGAAACUCUCAGGCGAAGCAAUGCCGAGGAUAGAUCUGGCCUGCAGUCAGACACGUUCUCCACACAGUCUAAGGGCUUCAAUUUGAAUGAAAAACAAUCACAGCAGCCGCAUAGUUCACUAAUUGAGGUGAACAAGGUAAAUGUAAACAAAGCCUCAGCCAACAUCAUUAACCAAAAUGUUUACUCAUUGGAUAAAAGCCAUCUAACUGCACACACCCAGAGAGCACUACUUACCCCUUCACCAGUCAGUAGCCCUACUUAUAUGGAUUGUACAAUUUCAGAAAACACCUCCCCUAAGAUUCUAAAUGAAAAUCAAUCCAUCCACACCAACGACACUCCGACCUGUCGUGAGCAAAAACCUGCCUCCAGCCAAGACGCUAGCUUCCAAUCUACUGCAUUACCCCGUUGCACCUACAAAAGACCUACACCUCUUGUUUUCGAGCGGACCUACCCCACCAUAAGCAAGCAUGUGCAUCCUAAGGCCUUAUUUAUAUACAAGGCCACAGUCUCCUCUAAAACAAACUGCAAACCUCUACUCACAGUUCCCACCUCUCCCCCCAACCCCUCCAGCACUCCUGUCCCAUCUACCACCUCCGUGCUCCUCACUGUCCCUGGGAAAGUCCCCACCGCCACAUCUCCAACCCCUUUCAUUGGCACCUCGUUUCUCCUAACACCCCCAGUGACUCCCACCCCUUCAUGCUCCCCCUCCCCCUCCCCAAAAUCCUCCUUAUCUAAAAAAGAGAGCACAUUCUUUAAAAGCCAGGACAUUUCUUCUUCCAAGAAGCAAUCCCCCAAGGGUCGGAGAAGGGUGACGUGGCAGGACUCAGUGGAUCUGCAAAGGUCUGAAGACAUGGGCCAGGCUUCAUUGCCACCUACCCCAAGCCCACCACUAAAGACCAGCCCUUCGCCUCUAACUAGAUCUCCGCAUAGCUUAGAAAGUCCCUCUACCUUUUCUUUCCUCAGAAAAGGCAAUUCAGCUGAUGUCCCAAGAUCCUCACCUGUCUUUUUGCCAAUUCCCAAGGCCACGAGCGGAAAGGCAGAGAGUGAAGAGAGAAGUCAACAAACUGUGUCUGCUAGCCCUGUCAGCCCCAUGGACUGGACCUCUGAACACACAGGGGGGUUAUCCCCAUCACCUGGCCCAGAUAAGAGGUCACCUGACAGGGCUAACCAGUGGCAGUCUUACGUUCCGCUCUCUCUUCCCCCAGACUUCAGCUAUAAACAACAUUAUAGCUCUCCACCUUACUCCUCCCUCAAGUCUGCACGUUCUCCCCAGGGGGAGGCUGAGAACCCUUUGCCCACAUCUCCUCCUGGCUUUCAGCCACAGACUUUCUCACCAUCUUCUCUCUCUAGACCCAGUGCCCUAUCGCCCGACCCAGCUGCAAACAGAACCUUAACCCAGUCCCAGCGUUCUCCAGACCCUAUUUCCCCGACACAAACCGUACCUCUUCCUUUCCCAAACCGACCUGUCUUGCCUGAGGGCUUGAAAUAUGAAGGUUUGAGAUUAAAAGAAGCUGACGACAAAAUCAGGAAGCAGAGUUACAAAACCCCCAGCUCGUCACAAGAGGACAACAAAGCGGUUAUGGGCUCAGAGCGUCUCUCGCUGCAGACUACACUACAGGAUAAAACACUCCCCCCAUCCACUGCGUGUGUGAGUGUGGUUGAAACGCUUGUUUACAGCCUUUGUAAAGGUAAUUCGACGGACUCGCCGGGCAAUAACACACCCAGAUCUCUGAUUCAGUGUACGGGCAAAACAAGGUUCUCCAUUGGGAAGAAACCGAGCAUUCAGCUGAGCCCCAAAACCAGUGGGGUUGGGGGUAAUCAAUACUAUCCAUUGAAUCAGAACGCCAACACAAGCAGCACAAAGGACACUUCAUUCCCUCUGUUUACAGCGACUGACAAAAGCAGCACAAACAGCAAAGGCCCUACCUGGAGGAAUGAAAGCACCAGUAGACCAGGGGACAGUUUACCUGCUAAUCAGGAAACACGUUUUGUACCAGACAAAGCAGCAAUUGAACAUGCAUCCAAGGGAAUUACCCAAAUGGACCAAGGCGUCAGUAAAUUAAGACGACAAUUUGCGGGUAUGCUUUCUGAUGAUCUCACACGUUCUCCAAAAGGUAACCAAAGCUCUAAGACACCAUCUAUUAGUGGAUCAAGUGUCGGCAACAACAGUAACAUCACCAUGAAAAGUAAUGAUACGUUAGAAGGGGAUAAAGAGAUGGACAUACCUGGGGACACGAAUGCUGAGGAGUUAGAGAGAAGAGAGACGGAAAAGGACAGAUGGACAAAAAAUAGAUUUACUCUCGUACCAAAACAAGGGCUGUGUAAUAGGAGCAGUGAUCAUUUCUCGAGUUCCUCUCACAUUACACCUGGAAUAAAUGCUCAGACCAAGUUUUUAGUCUCAAAUCACCCAUUUACAGAAAGGGAAGCAAAGGAGGAAAGGGCCAGCCCAAGACAAAUGAGCCUGCCUAUCGAAACUCAAUGUCGGGAUCCCGAUCUCUGCAAGCAGUCACCGGGGGACUCUGCCUCCACAACGCUAUCUGCUAGUUCCAACAACAGGCCUCGCGCUCCCUUCGCUCGGUACUCCUCAUCUCCAAUCUCUCCUUAUCUCACAGGCACUGAGAUAGAUGAUAGUGUCUUCUACAGUCCCAAAGAGCAGACGCCCCCUGAUGAGAGGGGAAGGUCGGUCAGUCCUUUGGGUACCGCAAGGCGGAAGAUGUCCACGAGUCCAUCCACCGAAGGUCCGGUUCAAGCGAAGGGACGCCUGGCGUCCUACUCUUCCUGUGCCGACCUGAAGUAUGGCAUCGACGCCGGACGCUCUAUCUCCGUGAGCUCGGUGGUCUCCAGUCGGCGUCAGGGCUCGGAGCGCAUCUCAAAGGGGCUGCGGGUCCUGAGUGUGGAUGACCUCUCUGAGCCAGCAGGGACAUCAAAGUAUGAAGGCCAGAGCAUGGGCGAUCAGGGAAGCACGAGCAACUAUCGACUGUCGUCUAGGCCAGGCGAAAUGAGGUCGAAGUCCCUCCCUCGAUCACUCAAAUCCCUGUCCUGUUGGUCUUCAGAGGACGGCCCACCUAAAAGGCAGAGUCCAACAACUUCACCACAAGACCGCCCGUCAGGUCCAAGGUCCCGGAACACUGAUCUCUUCCAGUUUUAUUCAGAGGGUGGUCUGACCCCACCGCCGUCUCCGGCAUCCCCAGCAUCCCUGCUGAUGUGCAAACCCCCCCGUCGGUCCUCCCCUCUGUCCCCUGCCGCGUCCAGGGACAGUCUUUCAGUAAGGGGGAUGCCGCCAACCAGGGGUAUGGUCGCCAGCCUCUCAGACUUUGACGAAUCCUCAGACAGCAGCUCAGACUCGACCACGGACGAUGAGUAUUACCUGGAGUCUGAAGAAGACGACGACAAGGAGAGUUCAUUGUAAUGGAGCAUGUUGCUGCGUUAAGGCCUUUUCUCUCAUCUUAAACUAUUUUUAUUCUUUGAAUCAAAGUGAUGGGAUAAGAUUUCAAAUGUGUGUCAAAUCUAUGUGUUAAAAAAUGGGAACGGGUAAAGAGUAUCUGAACAAACAUUGGAACGAAACGCUUUAUGUUUUUUGAUUUGUUCAUAUGAUCAAAGUGUGACAAUGCUUUGGUGAUAAUUUAUGCUAUUUUCGUACUUAUUUAUCUUGAUUUUGCAAUGUAGGAUACAAUCCAAGUCCUUAAACCCACAUAAUACUCCAAAAUACUAGUGUACUGUGUAUUCAAAAUCUUUAUUGUAUUAUAUUAGGAUAUAAUAUUAUUUGCUGAAAAAUAAUAACUGUAUAUAUAUUUUUGGAAUACAUUAACAAGCUAAUUAAAAUAUCCGUUUUAACAAGUGCUAAAUGAUAAUUUCAUAAGAAUAGUUUGGCCUUAAAGAAUAUCAAAAGAUUAGGAAUGAAUUUAUAUUGAUGGGUGAUGUUGCUUAGUAAGAUCUUUUUUAGCCUUAUAUUUAAAUGUUGUUAAUACAGAUUUCUAUUUCUGCUUUUAUUUUUUUUACUAAAAAUCUAUCAAACCUUUGUGUUUUGCAUUUUUUUCUUUAACUUUGUAAAUGAAUUGUCAAAGUCUAGUUUUAUCUUUUGACCAUCUUAAUUUGAAGUGUCUAUACUCACCCAAAAAUCGCUCUCACCUUGAGCCCCCACCAGUGCCUGCCUACUAGUGUUUGAAUCAUUGGUGAGCUAUAUUGUGUCCAUUGUGAUAUGCUUUCAAGCCAAGCAAAUUCUGAUGCCAUGGUGCAUACUGUAUUUUAAGACUGACAUUCUUGGUCAGUGGCUUCAUUGGGUGUUGACCUAAUGGGCUUAACUACAGCAAAUGUUACCAAUGGGUGUAACACAUUUAGCACUACAUUGGGGCCUAUUCAAAGUCUAUGUGAAAAUGUAAUGCUGCACCCUUUCUUACGUACUGUAUAGCCUACUUCAAAGUUACAAGUCAAAGAAAUAACAACGGUUUAAUAAAUAGAGGAAAGAAAAUCUGAAAUUGAAACAUCAGCGGACAUAGGACAGUGGUUUAUAUUGUACAACAAAUCUUGUUUUCCAGAAAAGACGGCUCUUGUUGGAAAAUUGCAGGACUUCACUCUGAGCACUACAGCAGUCAUGGUGACCUGUAAAUUACCUCUGUGUUUGUUUGUAAGAUAGCGUAAUGCCAUGAAUCUGACCAUCUGUAGAGGAAGGCCAGUCGUGAUGCAGCCGCUAGUGCUCUGCUUGCCUUCAUCCUAAUGGGUGUCGUAUACCAGUGUUUUUCAACCUGUGGUACGCGAGGGUACUGCUGGCUGCUUCUAUUCUUAAAAUAGACACCGUUUAUGUAGCAUUACGUGGAAUAAAUUGUUUUAAAAAGAUUUAAACUAUUCAAAACGAUGAGGUACUUUGAGGUAUUAGCCUUAUGACGUCACCUUCAAUUUCCACAUUAUGGCUUUUUAAAUAUUUGAAAUUUUGAGUAGUGUCAGUUAAUUCCAUCUUAUGUAUAAAAUGUUCAAUUGUAAUGUUGCCCAUAUAUGUUUUGUGUUAAUUUGGUUUGCUUAAUAAACACAAUGGGGGAAUAAGCAGCGUUGCUUACUUUCUUUCCACUGUUUCCCACGUGACCAUGGCCUUCUACCAGUACAGUUGUGUGUAUAAAGGGAGUGCUGGCACUCUGCACAGCAAAUGCAUGUUUAUUCUUUUAAUUGUUCCGUUUUGCAUACGAGGUCGCCUGCAAAAGGUCUUGAUAACACUUUAAUUAUAGCCUACACCUAUAGUCAGCGGUUGGGAACCACUUGCAGACUAUAGGUCAAUAUGCUUGCAUGCCAACUCUGUUAUGGAACAAAGAUUGAGUCUUCAAAUGACACCGCCACAUCGGUUGAUCUGCAUUGACAGGAAUAGGUUGGCCCAUAUUUAGCCACUAAAAGCGGAGGUGGUGCAGGACGUUUUUGAGAGUAGGCUAACAGAAUGUAAUCAUUAAUUAAGAGGCCUGAAACUAUACAUAAUCUUAACAUUUAAAUGAAUAGUAAAAGAACAUUUUAAACGUUUGCUUUUAAUCUACACCGGUUUAUCCGUCUUCAUGUCGUUAUCUAAAGUUAUGUCCAUAGAAAAGGGCCAAGGGUCACGUGAACUGCUGCUAUA